GUUCAAACCAGUCGAUGUGCAGUCAGUUGCUGUGAAGAAUUGCGCGAUCAACGAUUCGUCAUCAUCGCACGUUCCGUAAAGUUGCUUUCGUAACAUUCAUAAAUUCACUUCGUGGUGAUUGCAGUGAUUGUGUUUAAAUGUAAAAUUGAUAGGAUUGUUGUUUGAAACAUGAACGGAACAGUAAUGAAAUGGGGCCUUCUCACUCUGUUUUUUGUUGAGAUGUUCCAUGGAAACAGUGGACAACAAACACCUACAACGAUGGUAAAUUCGGGAAAUCGCCCCGUCGUACUGGUUACAAACAAGGAAACACCGGAAAAGGGUAUCAAAAAGCUGAUGCUAAAAUGUGAUGUUAUCUUUCCCAAAAGUCAUCCGGCCACGAGAGACGAAAUACUGGAGCUGGCCGGUCAGGUCGAUGGAAUAAUGUGGGUUGGCCAUAUGGCUCUGAAUGGUGAGGUGCUGGAUCGUGGAGGCGAACGCUUGAAAGCUAUUUCUACGAUGUCGGCCGGUAUGGAUUACGUGGAUAUAGAUGAGUUCCGGAAGCGAAAAUUCCCGCUCGGAUAUACCCCGAUCGUGCUGAACGAUGCUGUUGCAGAUUCUGCUAUUGGGCUAAUGAUUGCUGCCGGUAGACGGUAUCAUGAGGGUCGUCUUGCCAUCGAUCAGUCCCAAUGGAAUGGUGGUCCACAGUGGCUGCUCGGCCAAGAUAUUAAGGGAAGCACCGUGGGAAUCAUCGGCAUGGGUGGUAUCGGGCAAACGAUUGCCAGGCGGCUGAAAGGUUUCGAUAUUGGACAACUGCUGUACUCUGGGCGCCGACCAAAACCAGAAGCCGAAGCACUCGGUGCCAAAAUGGUGCCACAGGACGAGCUACUGCAGGAAAGCGAUUACGUGUUCAUCGCUGUUCCGCUAACGAACGAAACGUAUCACCUGAUUAAUGAAACUACGCUGUCCAAAAUGAAGCCCACGGCCGUACUGGUAAACGUGGCACGGGGCGAUAUCGUCGAUCAGAAAGCGCUGGUGGCUGCACUGAAGAAUGGUACGAUCUUUGCGGCAGGUUUAGAUGUGAUGACCCCGGAACCACUGCCAGCCGGUGAUGAGCUGUUAAGUCUUCCGAACGCAGUGGUCGUUCCCCAUCUGGGCUCUGCAACGGUUCAGACAAGGAACAACAUGGCCGAAAUAGCAGCACUUAAUGUGUUGGCAGGCAUUGCCAAAACGCCAAUGUUUUCCCCUUAUCCGUAUUAAAUUGUGUUUUGUUUUCAGUACUGGUGCUUUAACAGUUGCUUUUUUACUUAAAAGGGCAAACAGUACGAAAAAAAGAUACAGCAACGUUCACGUUCCAUGGUGCAACAAAAGUAACAAAAAAAUGCUUUAAUGAAAAACCACUCUUUUUGAGGCAAUCUAAACAAAAUAGAAAGGAAAAUGAAUUGUAGGAUUCGCACCGUAAUUUGGUAGUUUCGGAAAUGUAUGACUGAUUAUAUACAGGUAGCUAAUUUAGAUGCGAUAAUUUUAUGUGGAAUGAAAUGAAGAAAAUAGGAGAUUCAACCUUUUACUAGUAUUGUAAUGAAUUAACAUCUGUCCUACACCAUUAAAGUGCCUUCGAUAUGUGGAAAAAA